AUGGCUGUGAAUGAAUAUCAGAAUCCUACUCAGCGUCUUCAUCAGGUCAAGGCAGCAUGUGUUCUAGAUCUUGAUGCUACUACAGCCUUGACUGCUCAAAUUAAGGCUCUUACUAUGAAGAUAGAUUCCUUAGCUAACUUGGGAGUUCAACCACCACCUAAUAGGUCUCAGCAGCCAGCUCCUGCCACUUAUCAUCCCAAUAAUCAGAAUCAUCCGAAUUUCAGCUGGAGCAACAAUCAAAAUUUCAUGCAACAACCGCAGCAACAGUUUCAGCAGCAAGGAGCUGGAUCUUUCAACCCUUCUGGUUUUCAACAACAAUUUGCACCGAGGCAGCAAUUCCAACACCCUGGAUUCCAGCAACAAAAUCAUGGGGUGGCUGGACAGUCUUCCAACGAAAGGUCUGAAUUGGAAGAAUUGAUGUUAAUGUUUAAAAGCCAAGCGGUGUCAAUCAAGACUUUGGAGAACCAGAUUGGGCAGAUUGCUAAUGCGUUGAUAAACAGUCCACAAGGAACUCUUCCUAGCGAUACCGAGGCCAAUCCGGGCAAGAAAGAGAUGAAAGAACAGUCUGAUAGUGGAAAAACUGUUAUUGACGCUGACAAGAAAGAAUUCAACGAGGAAGCAAGCAAGGAAUCGGCCGAGAAGUCUAGUCAUAAAGCUGAUAUUGGGGUCAAGCAACUGAAACUUGAGGACUUGGAGACCGUUGCUCUAACGGAAGAGUGCAGUGCGGUGCUACAACAGAAAUUGCCUCCGAAACUUAAAGAUCCCGGAAGGUUCACAAUACCGUGUACCAUUGGACCAUUGUCAUUCGACAAGUGUUUAUGUGACUUGGGAGCUAGCAUUAAUCUGAUGCCAUUAUCUGUGUUCAAGAAACUUGGUUUGCCAGAGCCGAAACCUACAAACAUGUACUUACAACUGGCUGAUCGGUCCAUCACAUACCCGAGAGGUAUAUUGGAAGACAUCUUGGUUAAGGUGGAUAAGCUCAUCUUCCCUGCUGACUUUGUCAUUCUAGACUUUAAGGAGGAUAAGAAGAUUCCCAUCAUCUUGGGAAUACCGUUCUUAGCUAUAGGACAAACUUUGAUCAAUGUGCAAAAAGGAGAGCUUACAAUGCGAGUUCAAGAUCAGAGUGUCACUUUUAAGGUGUUCAACGCAAUGAAAUUUCCAACCGAUGAAGAAGAAUGCUUUAAGGUGGAACCACUAGAAGCUGUUGAAAAGUCUGAGAUGGAGCAAAAGCCAAGGCCAUUGUUUGGAGAUGGCAUGGUAUAUUCACCACCUGAUCCUCCACCCGAGGAAGGUGAUCCUCCCGACAUCUAG